AAGUCUGACCGUCGAACGGUGAAGAUCAAGGUUGGCCAGUUGGUUUUUGGCCGACUUCGCGCAAGAAGAGUGGAGGAAACUUCACAGAAAAGUUGAACGGCGCGACGCAAUUUACGUCAUCCAACAUUCCUCUGUUCUUCCACAAGACGUUGAACGGAAGAAACGAGGACAAUCGACGUUCCAUAAUAUCGUAUCUGUUGCAAAGUGUUGCGGAAGUAUCUCGAAUCGAAAGACGCAAAUUGUUGAGAAUCCGCUCAGCUCGACUACGUAUCCGGUGGAAUACACAAGAGGGACCCGAGAUGCUGGCAGCUUCGAUCUGUUGCGAAAUCUAUUAUACGGUGUUACCCAACACGACCAUGGCCUCGCGAGUACCACGCUGCCUCUUCGGUAAGCCGGACCCGCGGGAAACCAUGGAGAUGUUCCAGGAAGCGUUAGACGCGGAGAGGAGCAAGUUCGCCAAAAGAUGGGGAGUGGAUCCCUGUUCGGAGGACAAGGAAAAUAAUUAUCAGAGACGGAACAACGAGAAGAGCGAGCCGUCGACUAACAAAAAGCGAAGUAAUCCGUAUUCAAGGCAGACCAGCAUUCACGGCAUUCGAAGUGGUUCGCAGGCUAAAAAAAUGGUCGAUACGUUGAAACGCGUGUGCGAGAUAAUCGUAGCGCGCGCGAGGAGAAAAGAUUAAUUUUCUCAACUUCGAUGGAGACCCUAUGCCUAUUUGCACUGAUAAUCCCAUACACGGUGACUCCUUGGGCUGGAACGCGACGACCCUCGAAAAUUCAACGGAGCGGGACGGUGCAACCAGCACCUCUUUUUCCACCGACACCUGUUAGCCCUUGCUACAGGCCUAUGACGACUGGAACGUCUUUUCCCACGAUUAAAUCAGACCCCGCGAACACGCGAUACCGUGUCGCGCGAGGCCUUUCGAAGGUCGCGCACCACCUGCUGGAACAAGUUGCCUUUGGUGCAAGUAUGACAAGAACUGGAUACAUUAAUUGCACAAUUGCAUUAAUUGCUCCUUUUACUUUUAUUUGACAUUUUCACAGACUGACGAAAAUUAUUAAUUUAUUAAAUUAAUAGAUAUAAAGGAACGAAAUAUAAGGUAC